AUGAUUGAUAACUAAAGCGUAAACUAAGAGGGGCAGAACAUUUCUUAUUCUUGCUAAAUUAGCAAUUGCCCAAUUAGUAAAAAUGGAAACUUUAAUGAAGGAGAUAUUAAAUUUUGCACUGAUUGCAAUAAACUAAUAUGCAACACUUGCAUAACUAGUCAUGAUGAAAACCACACCAUUAUUGAAGGUGCUAAUUUCGCUUUCAUUCAAGAGAAUAUGUCCAAAGUCCUUCCUAAUUUAGGGAAUCUGAGCCCAAUUUUGCAAAGUAAUAACUUAAAUAUAAGUAGUGAUUCUAAGAUGAUAAGUGAAGAUACUCUUCCUGAUACAGAGGAAAAAAAAGUUUAAGAGAAAUAGAAUUUUAACUAUAAAUAGCAGCCUUAGUUUUUAUAAAAAAUAAACGACGAUGAUGAUGAGGAUGAUGAUGAUAGUGAUAGUGAUGACGAUGAUCAUAUUAUGAAAAUGAAAAAUUUCAGCAAUAUUGCUGCAUAACUUAAAAAUUUAAAAAAUGACAGUGAUGAAGAAGAGGAGGAUGAUGAAGAUGAUGAUGAAAUAAACUUUAUAAGCCAAGCUGCAAGUAAAUUAACUACUAUAGGAAAAGUAUCUAACUCACCAACAAAUACUAUGUUUGUAGAAUAUAACACAAAACCUCCAAGUGAAAAUCAAUUUGAUUUUAAUUAAUAACAAUAAAUAAAUAAUGCGAGCUAUAAAUAGUCAGGUAUAAUGAAUGGUACAAACUUUCUUUAAGUUCCUCAAGAUUUUAAUAAUGUAAAACGUAUAAUCAACUAAAAUUCUUACUAGAAUAACAAUUAUUCAAUUAAUAUAAAUGGAGCGAAUGGAUAUCAAAACCAGGAAUUUAACUCAAACAAAUUGUAUUAAAAUCAGUAUGCUCUAACAGAGCUGUAGAAGGUCUUUUUAUAAAAAGAAAAAUAUUACAAUUUGGUGAGCUAGUUUUACAAAUAAAACAAACCAAAUAAGAAUUUAGUUACUAAAAAGAUAGCAGCACAAUAAAUAAAGAAAAAAAGAAAAGCUAAAGAUGAUUUGGGUGGCGAUAAUGAAAAUGAUGAAAGUAAAAAUUAAGAAUAAGAAGAUAUUCCUAUUCCUCAAGUUUAAGACCAUGUGAAAGAAUCUAAUAAGAAGUUAGGGUUACAGGAAUUAAAAAAUCGUUCUAAGUAGCUCUAUGAAGAAUUAAAAGCUAAAUCUGAUUUGAUUUUUAAGGAAAUAAAACACCACAUUCAUGGUGUUCAAUACGAGAGAGAUGAAACAGAUAGAAUUAAUAAAUAUAAGAAAUAUGCUCUUGAAGGCAUUGAGAGUUAUUUCCUCUAUCUUAAAGACUAAUUUAAAAUUGAGUAUUCUAAAUUGAAGAAAUGUAAAAAGAGAGAAUAACUAAGUAAAAUGAUGAACAAAGUAAUAGAUUGUAUAGAAAAAUAUCAAUACUAUUCGGACUAGAAAGAUUUUCUUGAAUUUAUGAACAAAAACUAUGAUUACUAUUUGAAUAAUAUUGAAUUACUCUUACAUGAAAUUUAAAAAGAGGGCAAUGAUUUCCCUCCUCAAUAUAAAAUAGUCUAUGAAAAUCUCUAUGACAUAUUUUUCUCUCUUAUAAGUUACAUCUCAUUGAACUUGCCUAACUAAAAAACUUAUAGUCAAUUUACUUAACCCAUAAUAAAGACUUAAAGCUCGAAAUAUUUGGUCAUCCCUAUUCACUAUCCAAAUAAAAAAAUAGUUGGAAUAUUUAACUGCAGAAGUAACGAAUUAGAAUAAAUCGAAUAUGAUUGCUCUUAGACUAUGGAUUUCUAGAAGUAUAGCAACUUUUAAUUGGUUAAUGAUAGCGAUUUUAUUUACUUUAUUGGAGGAGUAAUAUUUAACAAAGAGAAGAGCACCUUUAAUCCUAGUUAAAAGUGUUUCAAAAUGAGUAGACAUUCAGGGGAAAUUAUAGCCCUAAAAGACAUGCCUUAUCCUAAAAUGAAGUUUGGAACAAUUAUGAUUGGUAAUUUUAUUUAUGUUUUUGGAGGUUUACAAACUCAAGAAAAGCACCGUACCAAUACUUGUGAAAAAUAUGACAUUAACACUAACACAUGGAAAAUAUUACCUGUGAUGCAAAUGAACAGAGUAUGCCCAGUAGUCUCAUCUUUCACCACUAUAGGUAGUGGCUUUAAUUAAAAGCAAUUAAUUUACUUAUUCGGUGGCAUGGAAGACAAAAACAACAUUAAUUAAUCUAUUGAAGUCUUCGACUAAAAGCUAGAUAUUUGGAUUGACUUCUUAUAAAAACCAGCAAAUAGUAGAUGCUAUAUCCCAAAACAACUUGGUUAUGGAGUUUAAAUUAAUUAAGAAUAAAUCUUAAUUAUCGGAGGUUUAUCUGGAAGAAAGCAAAAACCUACAUCAUAAACUUAUGUGUAUAAUGUUUCUAAAAAUUCCAUAUGUAAUUUAAGUUUAGACUCUUUACCAACAGGAAUAAUUAAAGACUCUUUCACUGGAAUGCCUGUUGUUUAUGAUAACUCAAUUUUCCUUCUUAACACUCAAAUAAGCUAAUACUUCCCUUCACUAAAAUAAUUAUAAGGAGUAACCAAUGUUAUAAAGAUAGGAUUGAAUCAAUAAGAAAUUUUAGCAACUCAUUGUUUUUGA